AUGUCGAACCUGGUCAGGAGCAAGAAGGACAAAGAGUUAAUUGCAGAGUAUGAAAGCCAGGUGAAAGAUGUGCGAGCCCAGCUGGUGGAACAGCAGCGAUGUUUGGAACAGCAGACAGAGAUGAGGGUGCAGUUGCUGCAGGACCUGCAGGACUUCUUCAGGAAGAAGGCUGAGAUCGAGACAGAGUACUCCAGGAACCUGGAGAAACUAGCUGAGAGGUUCAUGGCCAAGACACGCAGCACCAAGGACCACCAGCAAUACAAAAAGGACCAGAACUUGCUGUCUCCAGUUAACUGCUGGUACUUGCUGCUGAACCAGGUGAGGAGGGAGAGUAAGGACCACGCCACCCUCAGUGACCUCUACCUGAACAACGUCAUCACCCGUCUCACGCACAUCAGCGACGACUCCGCCCGCCUGCUUAAAAGAAGUAAAGAGAUCACCUUUCAGCUGCAGGAGGACUUGAUGAAGCUCCUUAAUGAACUCUACACCGUGAUGAAGACAUACCACAUGUACCAUGGGGAGACGCUGAACGCGGAGACCAAGCUGAGGGAUGCCGAGCGUCAGGUGGGGGUUGGCAAAGUGGGGCCUGGCGGGGGGGUGGAGCCGUUAUUCGGCAUGCGUAUAGAGGAACGCCACCAGAGACGCAACGCCGCCCGCAAGAUGGAGAAGAUGAGGGAGAAGAGGAAAGCUAAGUACUCUGAGAACAAGCUGAAGUCUCUGAAGGCCAGGAAUGAGUACCUGCUGACGAUGGAGGCCACCAACUCCUCUGUGUUCAAAUACUACAUCCACGACCUGCCCGAUAUCAUAGACUGUUGUGACCUGGGGUACCACUCCAGUCUGAGUCGUGCGUUGAAGACCUACCUGUCUGCAGAGCUGAGUCUGGAGGCCUCCAGGCGGACAGGGUUGGAAGUACUGGAGGGGGCCGUAGAGGGCCUGGAUCCUGCCCGAGACAGACAGCGCCUGCUGGGCCUCUACCCUACCGCCUUCUGCCCCCCGCCACGCUUCAGCUUCCAGCCCCACAUGGGGGACCCGGUGACCCAGAUAGCCGCCCAGCCACAGGUGCAGGCAGAGCUCACAUCUAGGCUGCAGCAGCUCCAGUCACGCCUCUCCACCCUGAAGAUAGAGAACGAGGAGGUGAAGAAGACAUGGGGGGCCACUCUCACCACCCUUCAGGACAUGACAGUGCUGGAUGACUAUGACGUUUCCCACAGUUUCACGCACAGCCCCUCUUCAGAGUCAGUCAAGUCCAGCGUGUCGGAUGGCUACCUAAACAAACCCAGCCUCGCCAAGCGCCGUGCCAACCAACAGGAGACUGAGCUCUUCUACUUUACGAAGUUCCGUGAGUAUCUGGAGGGCAGUAAUCUGAUCUCCAAACUACAGGCCAAACACGACCUACUGAAGAAAGCCAUGGCCGAGGGGUAUAUAGCAGACACGCUGACUACCAGCCGUGGACGAAAGAACUCCCAUAGCAAACACCAGGACUCGACUAAAGCCAUUCCUCUGCUGGUGGAGAGCUGCAUCCGUUACAUCAACCUCCAUGGUCUUCAGCACCAGGGCAUAUUCCGUGUGUCGGGGUCACAGGUGGAGGUCAAUGACAUCAAGAACUCAUUUGAGAGAGGUAAUGACCCCCUGAUUGACGAGGAGAAUAACCAUGACAUCAACUCGGUGGCCGGUGUACUGAAGCUCUACUUCCGGGGGCUGGAGAACCCCCUCUUUCCCAAGGAAAGGUUCAAUGACCUAAUUUCCUGUGUCCGUAUAGAGAGCCUGUAUGACAGAGCUCAGUGUAUUCGUAAGAUUCUACUGGGUGUUCCACGGGUGACUCUGGUCGUGAUGAGAUACCUGUUCGCUUUCCUGAACCACUUAUCCCAGUACAGCGAUGAGAACAUGAUGGAUGCUGGGAACCUGGCCAUCGUCUUCGGCCCCACCCUGCUGCCCACGCCCGACGCCCUGGACCAGGUGGCCUGCCAGGCGCAUGUUAAUGAGGUCAUCAAGACGGUCAUCCUGCACCACGACAUCUUCCCCGACCCCCCGGAGCUGCCUGGGCCCGUCUAUGAGAAGUGCAUGACUGGAGACCAGUACUGCGAGAGUCCGUUCAGCGAGCCGGGUGGGGAGGCGGAGCCUGACGGCGGCACAGAGACUCAGACCAGUGAGGAGGAGGGGGAAGCAGUAGAAGCGGUGGCCAGGUUUGACUAUACAGGCCGGUCGGGGCGGGAGCUCUCCUUUAAGAAGGGAGUGACCCUGCAGCUGUUCCAGCGUGCGUCACAUGACUGGUGGGAGGGGCGACUCAACGGCACCCAUGGCCUGGUGCCUCACCAGUACAUAACACUGAAGGACAGGCAAGUACAUGGCUACAGCAUAGCUAGCACAGUGGACAGCGACAGUGGCAGCACUAGCAAUGACGACAAGAAAGCCAGAAGUGAGCUGAGCUCUCCUACUGACAGACAGCCAGAAACCUACAACAGCAGCCACCGCAGGAAGCGGACUGACAUUUUCCGCCGCCCCCUCGGUCGCUCUAAAGACCAUGGUAACGUGGGUGUGUUGGAGAGGAACUCGCCGCCGGUCACUGGUCACUUCAGCCCGCGGGAGCUCCUUCUGGGGCGGGGCACUGGCUUAACCCCGCCUCUCGACAGCCCCGAGCGUCGUCGCCGUUCCACUGCCGCGGUAACGGUUACCGUGAGCCGCCACGAUUCGCUGCGUCGGCCUGAAGACACGCCCAUCCGGCGCUCCAGCAGCGGGCAACACGGCUUCAGUUCCAGAACCCUGGACCCAGACACACUGGCACAGGACAUAGAGGAGAGUGUGAGUGUGGCUCUGGGGCAGCUGAAGCAGAUGGAGCGUGGGGGCUGCAGACCGGCUCCUGACGUGGUCCUGGACACUCUGGAGCAGGUUAAGAACAGCCCAAUCACAGCCUGCUCCUCCGAGUCGCCCAGCCCCCACAGCACCCCCUCCACCCCAGGGACUCCUGGUACCCCGAGUCCCCUUAGCCCUCUGAGCCCCCUCAUUCCCCUCCCUGGCCCCCCUCCCGCACCCCUUCGAUCCACCAACCCCUCCCCCGACACCCUGGGCUCCUUCAAGCCCGUAGUGGGGACUCCACUCCGUAUGGGGGCUCCACUUCGCCCCCCAGCCCUGAGGCCCAAACCCCUGGUGCCCCCCAAGAGCAACACCCCCCCUCUGCCCCCGCUGCUGGACAAGUCCUGCACCAUGUGA